UAGUUCAUUCCACAUGCAUGUAUAACUCCGGGAAUUUGAACGGGCACUGCAACAUGCAGUAAAGUGGGAUUCUUGUGUUUUACUCUAUGAAGCCGUGACUUCAAAAGACGCUGCACGGUCUUUGCUUUGUGAAAACUGCGGACUUUAUUUAUUCGAUCUACUUUUUCUUUCACCCGGAGAUGUCCACAUCAGGGGGAAAUGCCACUGGCUUCCAAAACACCGUCUCUUUGUUGUCUCCCAGCUCCACUUUGAAACGGGACCAGAGCUUGGCAAGACCUGGGAGGCGUCACGUGACUCUGCAUCUGCUCUCAGUUGUGGCACGAUAACCACGGAAGAGAGAGAGAGAGAGAGAGAGAGAGAGAGAGAGAGAGAGAGUCGAGGAGGAGCUUGCAGCGAUAAGAUUCACUCCACGCGCCAUCAGCACCAAAAACUUACAGUCUACCCAUCCAUCCUCACAGCUCUCUCCAGCGCACUUGCUUUCUGCGAGCGCACACUGGCGUUUUAAUUAUUAUAAUUUUUUUCUCCAACCGUCGGAAGGUGCACAGGGGCAUCCCCACGGUUAAUACUCGCUCUCCGCUUGGUUGAUUAUGGUCACAACCCCCGCGGUGCCAAGGUGGAGUCACCGCGCGUAUCUCGGAUCGGUGCGCUUCUCCAGGGGCUGGGAUGCGCACCGGGCACCUCUCGCUUCCUGCCUAGUUUCGGGUCUGCGCAGGAGUCAAGCGCGGCCCCGGGGCGCCGAGGCAGGAGGACCCAGUCCACCCGGAGCAGAAUGCCGGUGAUGAGAGGGCUGCUGGCCCCGCAAAACACCUUCCUGGACACCAUCGCCACCCGCUUCGAUGGCACCCACAGCAACUUUGUCCUGGGAAACGCCCAGGUGCAGUCGCUCUACCCCAUCGUCUACUGCUCCGACGGCUUCUGCGAGCUCACCGGUUACGCCCGCGCCGAGCUCAUGCAGAAGAGCUGCGCUUGCCACUUCCUGUACGGCACGGAAACGAGCGACCAGCUGACGGCGCAGAUCCAAGGAGCCCUGGAUGAGAGGAAGGAGUUCAAGACCGAGUUGGUGUUCUACAAGAAGGAAGGAGCACAGUUCUGGUGUCUUCUGGACAUUGUGCCCAUUAAGAAUGAAAAGGGUGAGGUGGUUCUGUACCUGGUGUCCCACAAAGACAUCACUGACAAGAAGAAGGACCAGGAUCCUGAGCACGGACCUGACACAGAUGAGGAGACGGGUCUGAAGGUGCAUCAGGUAACCCGCCCUCCGGGCUUCAGCACCAACCGGCGGCGCAGCAGAGCCGUUCUCUAUCACCUGUCGGGACACCUGCAGAAACAAGACAAGAGCAAACUGAAGCUCAACAAUAACAUGUUCGGGGAGAAGCCUCCCAUCCCGGAGUACAAGGUAGCAGCCAUCCAGAAGUCUCGCUUCAUCCUGCUCCACUAUGGAACCUUCAAGGCCGGCUGGGAUUGGCUGAUUCUGCUGGCGACCUUCUACGUGGCCGUCACCGUGCCCUACAACGUGUGCUUCGCGGUGGUGGGAGGGCGGGACGAAGGGAGCAGCACUGCCCCGCGAAGCCCGCCCAGCGUCAGCGACAUCCUCGUAGAGAUCCUGUUUAUUUUAGACAUACUGCUCAACUUUCGAACUACUUUUGUGAGCACGUCGGGUCAGGUCGUGUACGACGCCCGCUCCAUCUGCGUUCACUACGUCACCACCUGGCUCUUUGUCGAUCUCAUUGCCGCCCUGCCCUUUGACCUGCUGUAUGCUUUCAACAUCAGCGUGUACUUUGGGGUCCACUUGUUGAAGACCGUUCGGCUGCUUCGGCUGCUGCGGCUGCUGCAGAAGCUGGAGCGAUACUCCCAGUACAGCGCCGUGGUUCUCACUCUGCUGAUGUCCAUGUUCGCCCUGCUGGCCCACUGGAUGGCCUGCGUCUGGUACUUCAUAGGUCGCAAGGAGAUCGAAAGUCCUGGCUCCUGGGAUAUUGGUUGGCUCCAUGAGCUGGCCAAGCGUCUGGGGACCCCCUACUUCCUGCCCGCCCUGACAACGUCUGUCCCCGUCACAGUCAGCAGCUUCCCGGCCAACAGCAGCCAGUGGAACGUGUCGGGGUCAGAGGUCGGAGGGCAGGGCUCCUGGAACUCCAGCCAACAUUAUGGAAACAUGUCCGGAGGCGAGGCCGUGGCGGGGACGGGCGCCGGUGGCGGGAGUUUUGGGGUGCUGGGCGGCGGCCCCUCGAUGCGUAGCAGCUAUGUGACAUCACUCUACUUUGCUCUGAGCAGUCUCACCAGUGUGGGAUUUGGAAAUGUGUCAGCCAACACGGACUCAGAGAAGAUCUUCUCCAUCUGCACCAUGCUCAUAGGAGCGCUGAUGCAUGCAGUGGUGUUUGGUAACGUGACGGCCAUCAUCCAGAGGAUGUACUCGCGCCGCUCGCUCUACCACACCCGCACCAAGGACCUGAAGGACUUCAUCCGGGUCCAUCGGCUGCCCAAGGCCUUGGAGCAGCGCAUGCUGGAGUGUUUCCAGACCACCUGGUCGGUCAACAACGGCAUAGACGUCAGUGAGCUACUGAAGGACUUCCCAGACGAGCUGAGGGCCGACAUCGCCAUGCACCUGAACAAGGAGCUGCUCCAGCUGCCCCUGUUCGAGUCGGCCAGCCGGGGCUGCCUGCGCUCCCUCUCCCUCAUCAUCAAGACCUCCUUCUGCGCUCCGGGCGAGUUCCUCAUCCGGCAGGGAGACGCCCUGCAGGCCAUCUACUUCGUCUGCUCGGGGUCCAUGGAGGUCCUGAAAGACAACACCGUGCUGGCCAUACUGGGUAAAGGGGAUCUGAUUGGCUCGGAUUCCCUGACGAAAGAGCAGGUGAUCAAGACCAACGCCAACGUCAAGGCCCUGACCUACUGCGACCUGCAGUACAUCAGCCUCAAGGGCCUCCGCGAGGUCCUCCGGCUCUACCCCGAGUACGCCCAGAAGUUCAUCAGCGAGAUUCAGCACGACCUCACGUACAAUCUGCGAGAGGGCAACGGGGCUGAUGUGGACUGGGAGAGCAACGGCGGCCUGGUGAAGAAGCUGCCGUCGAUCCGCGAGGACGAGGAGGUCGACGAGGAGCAGAACUCGGUGUCACGCGCCCAUCGCUCCCCGCUGCGUCUCAGCAGGGGGCUCAACUCGCCGCUGCGCUCCCCGCUGCUGCCGCCGAGGCCGUUCCGCGCGCCCUCCGAGCACUGCCGCCCCGCCACCCUGCAGAUACCGGUGGUCAGCUUCUGCAGUGCGCCGUCCGAGCUCAGCCCCAGAUUCGUGGACGGCAUUGAAACGGAGAACAACUCCACCUCCUCACAGAAGUUUGAGUUCAGUCCCAGCAUGUCACCUAUAGCCCCGCCCUCUCCAUACCCAGGGAUCCGGGAGCACUCAGAGAUCAAGCAGAGUGUGUCCAAACUGACAGAGGAGAUGAACAGUCUCUCUAAACAAGUCUCCACGCUCAGUCGGGAGCUGCAGGAAAUGACGCGCCUGCUCAAGCCCCUCCUCCAAACCACACCGCAGCCAAUCCUGAUGACCAUAAUGCCAAAUUUAACCCCGCCUCCCAGCAGCGCCAGCCAGCUGUCUACGAGCACCUGUCUGGUGCUGCCGCCCGCCGCCGCCACACCUUGUUCCCUCCAGAGACCCGACACCCAUUCCCUGUUGGACAGCGGAGACACGGAGGGUGUGGAUUUGCCAGGAUGCCUUCUCCCGACUCCUCAUUCACCAAAAAGGCCUCAUUCAUCUCCUUCGGCGUCACCACAGCUCCCAUCCAAACCCCUGGGGGCCAAGGUCAGGGGCCUCACCCACUCUGAUCUUCCCUCCCCUGAGGAAGAUCUUCCUGAAGGAGUCCUCCGGAGCCUCCACGGCUCCUCCAGCAAUGGGAUAUAUUUGCCCUCGCUGCAGGACCAGCCUCCCCUGGUGUCUCACACCCCUUCACCCUCUCUCUCCUUCUCCAUGUCCCUCUGCUCCUCGCCCUCCCUCUCCCUCUCCCCCUGCCAAGGCCCCCACCUGUCCCGACCUGGCAGCCGUGCCAGCAGAGGCCUGCUCCCUCCGCCUCCCUCCCAGGACACCCCUCCUCCCCCGUCCUCCCACUGCUCAGCUCCCCCGUCGCUCACGUCCUCCCCCGGAGACCGUCGGCUGAGACCUUCCCCUUCCGUCCCACUCACGUCCCCCGUCGUGUCCCUCCAUCCCUCCACCGUCUCCCUGCCAAUGUCUCUGGACUGUGUUUGUGCGAGGAGAAGGCAGAGAGAUACCCAUACUGCACCUUGGUGUAACUCGCAGCCGCGCCACGGGGAGGCCCAACCCGCCACCCGUCCCCAGGAGCUGGAGAUGCACGAGUGGGGGCGACAGGUGGAGGAGGGGAGGUCCUCCACGGAGCACAUCAGCUUCAUCGAUGAAGAGGAGCCAGCGUUAUGAGCGGGUUAAAACUGUGAGACGACAAGAGUAGCAGAAAAACGGAGAUCAGAUCAGGGAAAGUGGACGGCUGGAUGAAGACAGUCGGCUGGUCCAUAUCAACACAGGAAGUGAUUCAUCAGGCAGGAAAUGGACAGACAUGUUAACAGAAAGAGGCCGAGACACAAUGCCAGCUGUCAGCAGAUCAGUGUGAAGGAGUACUUCUCUACACCGAUCAUCCACAGAACUACAACAGCACAAAUUGUCUUACAGUAUCAACACUUCAGUAGCGUCAGUCGACCCCCGCAGCUACUGGGACUCACAGAACCCAGAGCACAACUUUUUAACCGGUUCCAUUGAUCUCUGGAGCCCGAUUUAACCCUCUUGUUGCUUUUUAAAAACCCCAAGUAUGGAUGUCUCCUCCUCUUCAAAGGACAGGUACAAAAAAAAAAAAAACACAUAUCUCAGCGGGAAACAUGUCUUCACCCAAGUCAGAUAGUCCGAGCUUGCCGGACUGGGAAUGUACACUCUUCAUUCAGUCACCUCACAUGGAGGACCAGUUUGCAUCAACGGGAUUAUUUUUACAUUUUAAAAUCUUCCUCUGGCCUGGUAGAGGAAAACACUCUUCCUCAGAGUCAUACACAUGCCCUCCAAUUAUGUCCCCCCCCCCCCCCCC